GGUUAGUCAGGGCUGCGGAGGUGGUGGGUUUGCGGUCCCCGAGGAGCUGGUGUGACGCGUGCCUGGGAGCCUGGCCCAUGUCAGAGCUACUGACUGCUGAGGUGCUAUCGACUUCACCUCUCUCUAUCUCCUACAUCUUCCAUAACUCCCAUCUACGACCCCAUCACCACACCUACCAGUUCUAGAAUAAUAUACCUCCUCACAACCGACACAAUGUCCCUCCGCAUCGCCCCCCCCACCAACCACGCCACCCAAACCACCAACACCACCACCCGCGCCCCCAUCACCCUCCCACACCCCUCGAAAGGCGCACCCUCCGCCCCCGGCCUCCCCGACACCCUCCGCGACAACCUGACCCUCCCCGCCGCCCGCGGCCCCCCCUCCACCAACACCGCCAUCCCUUCCUCCGCGCACCCGCUCGAAGCCCGUCUCCUGGCCUGGCGCGCCACCCAAGACAACCUGAAGAUGGAAUCUCUGCGUCGGGCGUACGGGAUCGCGGAGCCCGUGCGGCGCGGCAUGGAACUGAAGAUUGUGCGGGAUGGGUCGUUUAGGCCUGCUUUGUUGGGGGCGGGUGGGAAUCUGCAUGAGGAGAUUUUGGUCUUGGGGGGUAGGGAUGCCGAGGUGGGGUGGGAGGAUGUGUUUAAGGGUGACGAGUUCCGUGAACCGCCUGCUUUCCACGACGAAAUGGAGAAGAGACUGCGCAUGGACCACUAAUCGUGGAUGGGAUGUGUUCGUUAUGACUUAGUUGAUACAGGCGCUGUCAAAUCAAAUUAGAUCAGAUUAUAUGUUGGUAAACUACCGGCAACACAUAUGUGCAGUUUGUACAUUAUGGUUUCCAGGUGGAAACACGGUAUUUGACAUGUGGGUCGUACAAGCCCUGUAUCACAAACUAGAUUCAAGCAGAUGGCUGGCCACGGAAGAGAGCCACCAGGGUCUUCCAUGCCACCGCAAAUUGGUCGUCCA